UUUUCUCUCUUCCACGAAGCUUUUUUCUUUUUCUUUUUUGGUUAUCUUGUUAAUUUUAUCUAUGUAGUUUCUUCAAUCUCUCUCUGGUGUUAAAUGUUUUCUGAUUGAUAAAUGAUCUUGUUUUUUUGUUUGAAUUUUCUGAAUUUUUUUGCGGGGUUUGUUUACAAAUAAGAGAAUUCUGUAACUUCUGUUUUCAGCCAAAUUGGUGAAAGAAAACCCAAAUUUCAAAUGUGGGGAGCUCAUAAAGCCUGAUAUCUCUGUAUAGUUCUAUAGCUGCUACGGUAUUCAAGCUAGUUCCUUCAAUGGUUACGUUUACAAGAGCUUGUUUCUGUAAUCCCAGGAGCUUCUUCUACUGUGGAUUUUUCUUCAAUGGUUGCGGUGACAAGAGAUUGUUUCUGUGAGAAUUUCCAUUUAUAAAUCUUUCAUUGAAGUGGGUAAUUAAAAAUUUCUGUGUCUCUACCAUUCCCGAGCAUGAAUGUUCUCAUUUCUGCACAAAGGGAACUUGAUGAUGAAUCCAUGUUGUUCUCAGAGGAACUUCUUCUCUGCUCUGCCUCCUUUGGUUCCUGUACAACUCCCAUCUCGAAUGGAGUCCCACUUCUGGUACGUUUUGCCUCAUGAAGUGAAGAGUGCAUCUCUUUUAGAUCUGUAUUUAGAACUUCUAUCACCUGGUGAGAAAGAAAAUGUCUUCCGAAUGCGUGAUAAUGAGCUCAAGAAAAGAGCUGUGCUAGCCCGGGCCUUGGUUCGAACUACCAUUGCAAGAUAUCUGACAAAUUAUCAAGUGGUCCCACGGUCUUUAAAGUUUCGGAAAAACAUCUAUGGAAAGCCUGAGGUAGACUGGCAAAUUGAUGAUGACUCCCACCGACCACCAAUGCAUUUUAAUAUUUCACACACUUCUUCUUUGAUAGCCUGUGGCGUGACUAUGGAUGUACGUAUUGGAAUUGAUGUGGAAGAGAAGCAACGGAAGAUAAAGCAUAAUAUACUAGCUUUUGCCAAACGCUACUUUUCUCCUUAUGAAGUUGAGAUUUUGGCAGCUAUAACAGACCAUGAAGUUCAGCGUCAGGAGUUUAUUAAGUUAUGGACUCUUAAAGAGGCAUAUGUAAAAGCACUAGGAAGGGGCUUCUCAGCUGCACCUUUCAAGACCUUUACAAUCCGGCCUAAGGCUAUCACUAUAAGAGGAUUUGAUCUUCAUGAGAAGUUAUAUUCUGAGGCCUCGGAAAUAAUUGUUGAAUCUUCUGAUGACCCAAAGAAUAUUGCUAGCAAAUGGUGCUUUGAACUCUUGGAACUGGAUGGUUCUCAUUAUGCUGCAAUCUGUACUGAAAAACAUCAAACCAUCCAAGGAGAAGAGAGCGUUCCCAUGAAAUCGUAUGUGUGGAAAACAGUCCCAUUGGUUGAAGAUGAACGUGUUUCUGAUACAGUUGCAGUCAGAUCCAUUAGAGACUCCAUUAAACAAUUGUGAUGAUAUAAUGAUUAAUCAUUUUAUUAUUUCUGAUACUGGAUUUUCCAUGUUCUCUAAUAUAAGGCAUGGAUUUUCCAAGGUUUUGUAGCUCCAUAGCCUCUUGUCUUAGAGAACUUCAAUAUAUAUUUGAGAAGUUUUAAUAUGGAAA